AUGACAGGGCUUGGGGUCCUCACACUGCUGCUCUCUGUCCUGCUGGCCUGGGCCAGCUGCCACCCUGUCCCCGGGAGGAAGAACUUCAACAAGCUGCUGCUGAUCUCCUUCGAUGGCUUCCGCUGGAACUAUGACCAGGAUGUGGACACCCCCAACAUGGACCGUCUGGCCCGGGAGGGAGUGAAGGCCAAGUACCUCACGCCACCCUUUGUGACAAUGACCUCCCCAUCCCACUUCACCACCAUCUCUGGUCGCUGGAUGGAAGAUCACGGAGUCAUUCACAACAUGAUGUUUAAUACAGAGACAAAAUGGAAGUACUCCUUCAAAACUACACUGAACAAGACUGAGUGGUGGGACAAUGGUGUUCUUCCCCUCUGGAUCACAGCCCAGAGACAGGGGAGGAAGACGGCAUCAUUCCACUAUCCUGGAGGAGGUGCGAAGUACAAAGGAGAGGCUGUCCAGCGGUCCCUGGUAGAGUCUUACACUCACCCAGACAGCAAUGAGACAGAGUGGAGGGAGAACAUUGACAUUGUCAUGAACUGGUUCACUAAGGAAGAUUUUGACUUUGUCACUCUGUACUAUGGAGAGCCAGAUAACAUGGGACACAAAUUCGGGCCUGAGACAGAGAACAGAAGGGUGAUUAUUCAGCAAAUCGACAGAACAAUCGGGUACCUGGUGGAAGCCAUUGAGAGGCACAACUUGACCAAGAACCUCAAUGUCAUCAUCACAUCAGACCACGGCAUGACCACAGUGAAAAAGAAGCCCAAUGUCACUGAGAUCCUCUUGACUAACUACAUCAAGUUCAGGGACUUAGUCAAGUUUGAUAUUGUGGAUUAUGGUGGCUUUGGGAUGCUCCUGCCCAAACCAGGGCAAGAGGAAGCCGUUUACCAAGCGCUGAAGAAUGCACACCCUCAUCUCAACGUGUACAAGAAGGAGGAAUUCCCAGAACGCUUCCAUUUUGCUAAACACCAGCGGGUCCUGCCAAUCGUGAUGUAUGCUGACCCUGGUUAUAACAUCAAUGGGCAACUUAUAAUAUAUUUCAACAAGGGAGAUCAUGGCUUUGAUAAUGCCCACAUGGACAUGAAGACCAUAUUCAGAGCUUUUGGGCCAGAUUUCAAGAAGAAUCACGUAGCUGAGCCUUUUGACAGCAUCCACAUCUACCCACUCAUGUGUAAGCUUCUGGGGGUUACCCCUGAACCCCACAAUGGCUCCCUGGCCAUCACCCAGGAAAUGCUUGUGGACUCACAGGACCAGCAGUCAGGAAUUCUUGCAGUUCUGUUUGUUGCUAGCGUGAUAUACACAGCCAUUCUUCGGAAAAAGAAGUGA